AUGGAAGAACGAAACGGUGGCGGAUGGUCGGAGGUCCGACGAAGAAAACUCGUUCGGAACUACCAUCAGAGCAACAUAAUCACAAACAUAUAUGUCUCUGGGUUCCCUGGUGAUACAAGGAAGGAUGAGCUAAGAAGGACGUUCACAAGAUUUGGUAACGUUGUCGACGUAUACAUGGGAAGGAAGAAAGACUCACACCAAAGGAACUUUGCGUUUUUCAGGUUCAAUGGAAUCAAGGAUGACAAGAUGUUGGAGAAUGAACUACAAGGCAUUAAGUUGAGAGACAUAGUACUAUUGGUGAAUCUGGAGAAAUAUAAAAGAAAACCCAUACAAAACCAAAUACAAAGGACAAGUCGAUCCAACUUCGUUACUCAUGAGGCUCCGCCACAUCCUCCCCACCCUCCCCCUCAACAUAACACUCACAGUCUAGACCACAUCGGCAACCUCCCAGCAUUACCGAUAGGGUACGUAAGCACCAAGUAUUUGGGGGGUAUACAAAUAGCACUAUGUUUUGAUCACUCUGUGGAAGCCGAUGAAUUUCUGAAUGACAAAGCUAGAUGGAGGGACUGGUUCACAAGGUUGUACAGAGGGGACCAACAGGAUAUCAAAUACAAACGUACAGCUUGGCUAAAAAUAUUGGGACUUUCGUUAAGACUUUGGGAUGAAGACAACUUCUCAGCAAUAGCAAGUCGGUUUGGAAGAGUCAUUUACCCGUUUGAUGGAAUACACAAUCGUCGUGAUUACUCUAUGGGUAAGGUAGGAGUAUUGACAUCAAAAACUAAUUGGAUCAACGAUGAAGUCAAGAUCACUGCAGAUGGGAAAACAUUAGCGAUUGGUGUAGUUGAAUACACCGAUGACUGGUCGCCAUUUAAACCUCUUCCGUUCGACAAAGUGAAAGAAUACUCAGACGAGGAAAAUGUAGAUGAUGAAGAAGAUGAUGAUGGCGGUAUCUCGGAUACCUGGAUUCAAGAGGAAAAUAACGAGUUGGAGGAUGGAGAGAUUCGUACAGAUGACAAUCACCAACAGAUAGGACCGGAGGCUGUAAGAUCCACAAUCGGCGACGGAAACGAUGGAACCGACUCGUCGGUCGGAGCUGCCAGAGUUGAAUACAAUUUCACGAUGAUUGCACCGCCGACCACCUCUCCAGUUCCAAUCUUGAUCCCAACGGGCGAAGUGGGCGUUGCAUUAAACGCUACAUCGAAUGUUCCCCAUAUGUCAUCAACGUUUGACAUCCCCCAAACAUUAGAGAACACAGCACGUGGAAAGGUGAUUAAUCUGGAACAAAACACAUUCUCCUAUGCGCCUCCACCUAAUCAAUCCUUUACCUUGGACCAGACUCCCUCAAAACCCCGUUUCUUUGAAUUUGGCUCCUCGACAUUAUUGCUCCCUACAGGAUGUUUUGGGCCAUUCCCAUGA